ACAACAGUGCCUCGAGGAGCAAGUUUAACAAAGACAUCAGCAUCAAGUUAGACUUGUUUCACUGCAUGAGGCGCUUUACCAGGGAGUGUGUGUCUGAACAUCACCCUCUGUUCAGCUCCUUCUGCCAGUUCCUCUCUGCAGCAUUUGUUGUGGUGGACCAGAGGGAUCUACAAAGGCUCACAGAGGCAUACACCUUCUGUGGAAUCUCUCCUGCAAAUCCGACAAAGCAGCACAUAAGAGAGCACUGCAGGACAAAGGUGCCACAGCCGAGGGAGCUGCUGCAGAGGGUUGAAGAUGUGUUGCACCACUUCUACCUGGCAAAGGACGCCAAUGAUGUGCCCCUGUUUAUGGCCUCCAUGCUGAAGUUGUGGAGGAUCCAACGCGUCCACAUCCUGAGAGGCUGCCUGAGCGACCCUGACGUCGGGGAGGGAAUUCUCUACAGGUAUGGUGGUACCUUGCAGCUCAACUACAACAAGGGUGCAGGAGCCUGUACCUGUUUGGAUUACAGUGAGAGGCACCUCUCAGCAGGAGGGCUUCCACUUUCACCAAGCCCAGUGGGUGACAGGCAACCGGGUGUCCUGUGAACUUUUCCAGGCCCAGGCAAUGACUGGAGUGGUGCGGUGGAACUUCCAGAGGCUGGUGGACCUGAAACAGCCUGGUGUGGAGCUGCCAUCUGUGUUUGACCCCCUGUUAAUUUCAGGACUGAACACAGCCUCUGUCAAGGUGACAGGCCAAGCAAAAUAUCCCAGGCUGCAAAAUACAAACAGGGACACAGGGGAGAGAUUUGGACUGCAGUUUGUGGAGCCAGGUUGUCGUCCUGUUGUGUUGAACUGGGACAAGCACAAGGUACAGCCCAACAUCCCAGCUGCUGUAGCCAUGGAGACAGAGGAUCACUGCCCUGCUGCUGUGGUGGACACAGACUCUCAGGAGACCAGUGAUGAGCCAGUUGGAGCGGUGCCCAUCCUAUCUUUCCAGCAGGGCUCUGAAACCCUUUCCCAAUCCCAGCAGUCCCAGCAAUCCCAGCAGUCCCAGCCACCCUUGAUACCAGCUGCGGCCAGAGCCAAAUCAGAGACUCAGUCUUUGAUGGAUACAGGGGUAGCACCGCUGCCUGUUUCUUCCUCUCCCCGGGCCGCCCGCACUGGACCAAUCAAGACGGGAGGCCUUGUUCAAGUCUUGGACCACAGCCGGUGGAAAGAAGCCAUGAGAGCUGCCAUCGACGGGCUUCUGGUUAAGCACCAUGGGUCAAAAGACUUUCUGAAGCGGGUGGACGCAGACUAUGCUGCCAUGGUCCAGAGAGCGUGCACUGACCCCAACAGCCUCCUUCAUCCAACCACAUGCCAACAUAUCUCCAGAUAUGUAAAGCAUCUGGCCAAAUUAAAAAACACCAGCUCCUCCCUCAAUACCAGCCCAGAGAAAGUUUUGGAGACACAGCAGCUGUGGCACAGUUUGACUACAGGCAGUCAAACGACCAGCGUGCCUGUCGUAACUCUACCUCCUGCUACUUUCAACCCUUCACCUGCUGCUCCACCCCAGGAGGAGUCCCUGAGCCGGGCUACAGUGGAGCGGAUUGUAGCAGAGUUAAUGCAACAACAACAACAUCAGCAGCAGCCGCCGCAGCCGCAGCAGCAGAAAAAAAAGACCAGGAACUGUGUAGCCUGUGGUCAGCCCAAGUCCCGGUAUCUUGGCGAUGGCUCAUCAGUUCAUUUCUUUUAUCAGACACAAACAAUCAAAUACUUUUACUGCUCCACAAAGGUGUUUAAGACAUAUGCAGACGAAGGCCUCACAAACCCUCGGAUGUCUUUUGAGGACUUUGCUGCGUCUCCAUUCUUUGAGCGGGAGCUGGAGGGCGCCAGACAGAGGGGGGCUGAGUGGAGGAGGGUGGCAGAGGAGAGGGCAAAGAGGAAAUCAGAAUUGCAGCUUCCAACAGGUCGCCUGUGCAGGUUCUGUCAUCAACCCCUAAAGCAGGGCCCUGACAGCCCUCACGUACAUGACAGCUUCCCCGGGGUACCAGGGAAAUACAUCUACUGCCCCUCCAGAGUGUUCUCCCUCUACAAGGCACAGGGCAUGGGGCAGGAGAUGACCUGGGGGGAGUUCAAACUGUCGGACUUCUAUGAGGCUGAAAGGGACAGAUGGGUGGCAGAGAAAAAAAAAUGAACACUUCAACUUCAAAUAUACCCUCUCUCUCUCACACACACACACACACACACACUACUGUACUUAGUCAGGACUGUUUCAUUGUGAUAUUUUAGUUUAUUCAACUUUAUUCACCUUCACUGGAUAUCUGGUCUGAAUCAUCAUCAUCACUUUUUCAUCAUCACAUCACAGUCUCUCAGUUGUUCACAUGCACUCUUCUGUAACAGUGUAAAUAAGUGUAAUUUUAUUUUACACAGUGUGUACAUUUUUAUUGUGUGUUUUAGAUUUGUAUUGUGUUUUAGAUCUUUAUUUGGUGUUUUAGAAUUAGGUAGUUUUUAAUAAAAUAUCU